AUGUCCAAAUAUAUCGAACGCAUCAGGAACCUAAUCCCGGGUCUGCGCCGUCCCAACAAUGGCCCACCUCAAGGAGAUGUUACCGUGGAUAUGGGGGAGGCUGAUUUUGGGAAGGAGAAGGACAUGAGAAAAAUGUCAUUCUUCAAUCCACUCGAUCCCGUGCCAAAAUAUGACUUUUAUGCCAAAGACACUUGGGCAGGACGUAUUAAAAAAACCAGACCAUCACUGGAUGUUCUACGCAAACCACCUGAUGAUCUUCCUCCACCACCAGAGGAAGAUGGACGGCCCAAAGUCAAGCUUGUUCGCUUUGGAUGGGUUCUGGGAGUCAUGAUUCGCGCUAUGUUAAACAUCUGGGGAGUCAUUAUGUACCUGCGGCUGCCGUGGAUCACGUCUCAAGCCGGACUCAUUCUGACAUACGUCAUUAUCUUCAUGUCUAUCGUCGUCACAACAAUCACGGCGACGUCGGUGUCCGCAAUCUCCACCAACGGGAAGAUCUACUCUGGUGGCACGUACUUCAUGAUCUCUCGGAGUCUGGGUCCUGAGCUCGGAGCGCCCAUCGGUUUGCUCUUUGCGUUCGCCAACGCUAUCGCCUGUGCGCUCCACACAGUGGGGUUUGCCGAGACCGUCCGAGAUCUUCUCAAAGACUAUGAUUCUCAGAUGGUGGACGAUGUCAAUGAUGUGAGGAUCGUUGGGGCAAUUACUGUCGUCAUUCUCCUCUGCAUCACAUUCGCUGGCAUGGCUUGGGAGGCGAAGGCUCAGAUCCUGUUCUUCAUCGCCAUCAUGCUGUCCUUAAUUAAUUAUUUCGUGGGGACCGUCAUUCCCACCAACAGAGAAAAGGAGUCUGUGGGAUUUUUCGGCUACCGUGGUGACAUUUUCGUGGAGAAUCUGCUGCCUUCCUACCGAGGCCCAAAUGGAUAUUUCUUCAGGUUGUUCGCCAUCUUCUUCCCGGCUGCCACCGGAAUUCUGUCUGGAGUCAACAUCUGUGGAGAUCUCAAGGAUCCAACGGGUGGGAUUCCUAAAGGGACCCUGCUGGCCAUACUCUGGACCACCUUGAGUUAUUUAUUGAUCUCAGUCACGUGUGCUGCAACUGUUGUAAGAGACGCUUCUGGGAAUGUGAACGAUAGUUUAGCCCUGACAAAUUUCACAACCCACUGCACCGGCCUGGGCUGUAAAUUAGGCUGGAAUUUUGACCGGUGUGAACAGAACCGCACAUGUAGACAUGGACUGGCAAACAACCUCCGGAUUCUUACCACUGUUUCAGGAUGGGGCAUUUUGAUCACCAUUGGGGUCUUUGCUGCCACCUUGUCAUCAGCGCUGGGUUUCCUGGUGUCUGCUCCCAAAAUUUUCCAGUGUUUGUGUAAGGAUAACAUCUACCCCUACAUCGGCUUCUUUGGAAAAGGUUACGGGAAAAACAACGAGCCUCUGCGAGGCUACAGUCUCAUGUUUUGCAUCGCUAUGGCUUUCAUCCUCAUCGGUGACCUGAACACAAUCGCUCCUCUGAUCUCCAACUUCUUCCUCUGCUCGUAUGGCCUCAUCAACUUCAGCACCUUCCAUGCGUCGGUCACCCAAUCACCUGGUUGGAGGCCAGAGUAUCAUUACUAUUCUCCAUGGACGUCUCUGUUUGGGUCUUUCUUGUCAUUCAUCCUCAUGUUCCUGUUCACAUGGUGGGCCGCUCUCGUCACUUUCUUUAUCGUCCUCUUCCUCCUUGGCUACGUUACUUAUACAAAACCUAGUGAGUGUCAUGCUUUACCAGCUUCAGGUCUCGGUAAACUGAAGCCCAACACUCUGGUUUUGGGAUACAAGAUGAACUGGCAGGAAUGUAAACCAGAGAGCUUACAGGACUACAUCAACACCAUCAGCAAUGCAUUCGACUCCAGUUACGGCAUCGCGAUCCUGAGAAUGAUGGACGGAUUGGACGUAACAGAUAAUGUGCACAGUGCAGGUAGAUCAUCUGCAAUUGACAAUCCGGCAUUCGACGCAGAGGAAGUCCAAUACGAAAAGGAUGAGACCGACCGGAAUUCAGAUAUUUCUGACGAUGGCUCGAAUGAGCAGGUCAGAUCGGUGUUUCAGACGAAACAGGGCAGGAAGAGCAUCGACAUCUACUGGAUCUCUGAUGAUGGAGGUCUGACUCUUUUAGUGCCAUAUUUGUUGACCAGAAGAAACCGCUGGAAAAAGUGCAAACUUAGAGUGUUUAUCUUAGGAGACCAGGAGACCAUAAAGGAAGACCGUAAAGACAUGAAGAUGCUGUUAAAGAGAUUUCGGCUGGAGAUCGAGGACCUUGUCAUAAUAACAGACGUGGAUAAAACUCCUCUAGCGAAAAAUUUGCAGCGGUACGAGGAAACCAUCGCCCCCUUCAGGCUGAGUGAAGAACAGGCUGGAGGAGACAUACAGGAGCUCAAGAGACUGAGUCCAUGGAAAAUAUCCAACAAAGACCUGGAGGCCAUACAACCAAAGAUCGAGAGGACGCUGCGACUAAACGAGAUCAUCAAGAAGAACUCCAUCCACGCGGCUCUGGUUGCAAUUUCUCUUCCAGUCCCUGAUGUCACCUGUCCUAGUUCUCUCUAUAUGUCCUGGAUGGACGCUCUGAGCUACGGCAUCCACUGUCCCGUCCUGCUCAUACGAGGAAACCAGGAGAACGUCAUGACCUUCUACUGUCAGUAA